ACCGUUCCUAUGAUUUGAGUAUAUAAACAGAUAAAAUACAGACAACAAUACUGGUUUUAGUCUCUACAGCAAAAUCAUAAAAAACACACACAUUUCUACUGCUGUAGCCUGUAGGGAGGCUCUCUCUUUCUUUCCUCAUUCGUUCAAGAUCCCCCCGUAAACCCUAAAUCCAUCUUUGAGAGAGAGAGAGUGCAGCUGCUUGUUUGCUUAAUUCUCAUUUCAAUUCUCCGAUCCAGAUAUCAUUCACAGAUGGCGGCUGAGGCACCUGCUGUCACCCCUCAAAUUGUUGGGCAUGCAUUUGUUCAACAGUAUUACCUUAUACUUCAUCAAUCCCCUGCGCUUGUACAUCGUUUUUAUAAGGAUAUCAGCAAACUUGGUCGUCCUGAAGAUGAUGGUACCACGAGUAUCACUACCACCAUGAGUGCUAUCAAUGAAAAGAUUUUAUCCCUCAACUAUGGUGAAUUUAGGGCAGAGAUUAAAACAGUUGAUGCACAAGAGUCACUGAAUACUGGGGUUCAUGUCCUUGUAACUGGUUACCUCACUGGAAAGGACAAUGUGGUGCGGGAUUUUGCUCAGACUUUCUUCCUUGCACCACAAGAACGAGGGGGCUAUUUUGUGCUUAAUGACAUGUUUCGAUAUCUGGAGAAGGCUAAUCAGCCUUAUGAAGAUCAGGUUCUCAAUACUGAGUAUGAGGUUCCUGUCGCUGUUGAGCAAGAAGCGAAUCCUGUGCAGGAGGAUCACAUGACUGAGCGAAAUGAUGCUUUGGCAUCGGAGCCUAAUGAGGAAUCAUUACACAAUGUAUCUGAGAAUGGAGAAAUAAAAUUUGAAAAAGAGGAAGAGGCUGUAGCUGAGAUGGUUGACGAAGAGCCAGUAGCUGAGGUUGUUGACGAAGAGCCAAUUGCCGAGGUUGUUGACGAAGAGCCUGUAGCUGAGGUUGAAGAAGUACGAGUCCAAGAGGUUAUCCAAGAAUUGCCAAAUAAUUCAGAGGCGGUUGUUGAAUCUAAUACUAAAAGUGAAGUACCAAAAAAGUCUUAUGCUUCUAUAGUGAAAGAUUUAAAGGAAAAAGGUCUACCUUUCUCAUCUCCAGCACCUGUGUUGCGUAAAACUCCACAAAAGAGUCGAGAGCAACAAAUGAAAUCUACUCCGCCUGCAAGCUCAACUACUGAUGUGUCGGCCUCUAUUUUAAAUUCUGCUGAAAAUGUGAACCAAGAUCUAGAAUCGGAAAGCUACUCUAUAUACAUAAAGGGUCUUCCAUAUAAUGCCACGCCUUCUCUUCUCGAUGAUGAGUUUAAGAAAUAUGGUACUAUAAGGAAUGGUGGCAUUCAAGUUAGAAGCAAGCAAGGUUUCUGUUUUGGCUUUGUGGAGUAUGAGGAGGCAAGUGCCGUGCAAAGAGCGAUUGAGGCUUCACCAAUAUCGAUGGGGGGACGCAAAGCAAUUGUUGAAGAAAAGAAAUCCACAAAUUCAGGAGUAAAUAACCGUGGAAGGUUUCCAGCUGGAAGGGCAGCUAAUUUCAGGAAUGAUUCUGGAUAUAGGAAUGAGGGCAUAAGAGGGCGUGGAAACUAUGGGCCUGGCAGAGGAUACGGCCGAGGAGAAUCUAAUGGCAAGACAGAAUUCAGUAACAAAGGCAACUAUCGAGGAGGUUCAAGCAAUAACAUGAAUAAUGGGUACCAGAGGGAUGAAAAUUUGGGUACUAGUGGCGGACGCAUGGUCCGAUCUAAUGGUAUGCUUGGUAGUGGAAAUGGAAAAAACAUGGCACCAAGGGUACCUGCUACCGCUUGACUGAUCUAGUAUAGAUACGGUUGUGGAAUAUUGGUUUUAUGUUUCUCAUCACUGUAGUGAUUAAUUUGUCGGUAGCUUCCAGCAAAGCAAGAGGAUUAAAGCAAGCUGCUGGAUAUCUUUUGGGUGAUUAGCUCUCUUAAAAUUUAGAGAAAUUGUCUUAACCUUGUUUUUUUUUGGGUUUCCCCUGGAUGGGCGAGUCGGACUAAUAGGUGGAUAGGAAAAGGUGAGUUCAGGAAAAACAGCUUUCUUUUUUUAGUAUAUUGUUGCAAGUCGUAGUUGAAGGAAGGGUCAUUAUUAUUAGCAUUCGGAUUGUGAAUGUGUUUUUUCUCCAUUGUGUUUGAUAUUUAUAUAUUAUGCUAUCCAUUAUGGCAUUAACUGUUGGAUUGGUUUA